AUGACUUCAGCAAUGGAUAUAAUAAAGAAUUAUGAAGCUGCAAAUCCUCAACAAAUGUCGUGUAGUGGACAUCUUUGUGCUCGAUGUGGAAAAUGUCGUGAUUGGUAUUAUAUUGGAAAUGAUGCAAGUUUACAAUGGUUACAAAAUUGGAAAAAAUGGACAAAAAGAGAUUGGGAACGUUUUCGAGAUAAUAAUUUUAAUGAUGGAUUUAAGAAAAAAAUGAAUGCAACUUGUUUAUAUCAUUUUUGUAUUCUGGAUGGUGAUAUCGAUCUCGCUUUGCAUCUUCAUAAUAUGGGUGCAGAUACAUAUGGACAUUGUCAUCAUGAUUUAUGUUUAUGUUUAGAAAAUAUUCGUGUUAAACCUGGAACUUAA